CCAUCUCGCCCUACACUCCACCCGCCAUGGCCACUGACGAGCUGUACAACCCCGGCAACUCGCCGCGCUCCGACCUCGACUCGGACGACGACCUCGACCGUGCCGGCCCCUCGCGCCGCAAGCGUGCGCAGAAGAGCAAGGGCAAGGAUGCAGUCAACGCAUGGGAGGGGACGUACAAGCGCUCCUGGGACCAGGUGCAGGAGGACGAGUCGGGCGGCAUCCAAGCCGCCGUCGAGAGCUUGAUUGCGCGUGGGCGGCGAAAACGCGCUCUCCAGUCCGAGGCUCCGCUGCGCCGCUCCCUUGUGCGACACAUGUUUAUUGUUGUCGACCUGUCAGAGAGCAUGCGGGACAAGGACUUCCGGCCAGACCGGUUCCAGUUGACGCUGCAGUACUUGCGGUCGUUUGUGGUGGAGUGGUUUGACCAGAAUCCGCUUGGCCAGGUCGGCGUGAUUCUUCUGCGUGACCGGCUGGCGGAGACCGUUGUACCGAUGGGAGGUAAUCCGCAAGACAUCGUCGCAGCGCUUGCAGACAAGCGAAAGCUUGAGCCAAGCGGAGAGCCGUCGUUGCAGAACGGUCUCGUGAUGGCACGCGGCGGCAUGAGCCACCUUCCCUCGACGUCCUCACUCGAGAUCCUCGUCAUUUUCAGCGCGAUUUCGACAGCCGACCCCGAUGGGCCGACUAACAUCCAUCAAGUUCUCGAUGAGCUGGUGCAAUCUCGUAUCCGCACGACGAUCAUCUCCCUCUCGGCCGAGAUCAAGAUCUGCAAACAGAUCGCCGAGAGGACAGGUGGCCGCUUCGGCGUCGCCAUCGACGAGGAGCACUACAAGGACCUGCUGUGGGAGACCAUUCCUCCGCCCGCACAGACGAUUGCGGCAGCCACGAUGAGCGUGCGCGACGCGUUGGCGCGCGGUGGACGGACAGCACCCGGCGCACCCUCUCGUCCCCCGCCCGUCGGAGAUCUCAUGGUAAUGGGCUUCCCGACCCGCCUGCCGGGGGCCGGAGAAAGCUUCUGCGCAUGCCACGGCCUCCUCAAGCGGGGAGGGUACAUGUGCCCCCGCUGUGGUGUAAAACUGUGUGACGUGCCGACAGACUGUGAGGUAUGCGGCCUCAUGGUUGUCAGCAGCCCACACCUCGCCCGCAGCUUCUGGCUGCUCUUCCCCGUCGCAACAUACAAGACUCUCCCCAAAGACGCUCUCGGACAGCCCAAGAUCGACAAAGCAUGUUUCGGUUGCAAUGAGCCGUUCCCUUCGCUCGAAUCGCUCGCCGACGCACCGCCACCUACAGACGACACAUUGAGCCCUACAGGGCGCUACCGCUGCGCCAAGUGCGAGCACGAUUUCUGCAUGGACUGCGACAUGUACGUGCAUGAGACACUGCACACAUGCCCAGGUUGCUCUCAGUAGCGACCCAGCCCUACAUCUACGACCAAACUAUACGAGCGUCCGCUCUCUAACAUAAUAAUGUGAU